AAAACUCAAAACUUAUAAAUUUUCACUUUAGUCCUAAACGCAACAGUUUUGCUGGAAAAGGUCCAUAUUCUAUGAAAAGAUUCUUCUUGCAUUUCAUAGACUGCGAGUCAUUUGAAAACAAACUAUGAAUGGAAAGCCAGGUUCCAUUUUUGUAACACUUCCUCGCACACAGAGGGGGAUGCCUCUUGUGCUUGGAGGGGAUCCAAAAGGCAAAACAUUUUUAUAUCCUCAUGGAAAUAGUAUUAUAAUUCGUGAUAUUGAAAAUCCCCUGAUAGCUGAUGUCUAUACUGAACAUUGUACUCAAACUACUUGUGCAAAAUACUCUCCCAGUGGAUUUUACAUUGCAUCUGCUGAUCAGUCUGGGAAAGUGCGCAUUUGGGAUACAACUCAAAAGGAGCAUAUCUUGAAGAAUGAGUAUCAGCCAUUUGCUGGUAUUAUAAAAGAUUUAUCAUGGUCUCCUGACAAUCAGCGUAUUUGUGUUGUUGGAGAGGGACGUGAAAGAUUUGGUCAUGUUUUUAUGGCUGAUACAGGUACAAGUGUAGGAGAAAUAGCUGGCCAUUCAAAUAUAAUAAACUCCUGUGAUUUCCGUCCUAAACGUCCUUUUCGUAUUGUCACUGCCAGUGAAGAUAACUCUGUUGGUGUGUAUGAAGGUCCCCCAUUCAAAUCCAAGACUUAUUUAAGUGAUCAUACUCGUUUUGUUCAAUCAGUAAGAUUUUCACCUAAUGGAGACCUUUUUGCUAGUGGUGGCUUUGAUGGAAAGAUGUUCCUGUAUAAAUGCGAUGAUUACUCUAAAGUUGGCGAGUUUGGUGAUCCUGCACAUGCUGGAGGAGUGUAUGCUGUUUCAUGGAGUCCAGACGGAACAAAAUUACUUUCAGCUUCCGGAGAUAAAUCUUGCAAAGUGUGGGAUGUAUCAACAUUAUCUGUUAUAGCCCAAUGUCAGAUGGGUAAUGAUAUAGCUGAUCAGCAAGUAAGCUGCCUGUGGCAGGGACAGCAUAUGCUUUCAGUUUCUUUAUCAGGCUUCAUCAAUUAUAUUGACAUAAAUGAUCCAUCUAAAUUAAUUAAAACUAUAAAGGGACACAACAAAUCCAUUACAGCUUUAGCAAUCAGUGUUGAUGAUAAUCAAGUAUAUACAGCUAGCCAUGACAGUGCAGUGAUGUGUUGGGAUUUAGCAUCUGGGGAACACGAUAGAAUUAAAGGUGUAGGUCAUAGUAAUCAAGUUCAAAAUAUGACGUCCAAUAGCGAUUGUAUUUAUACAUGCAGUUUGGAUGACACUAUGAAGUUCAUAAGCAAAAAAGAUCACCAGUAUCAACCAGAAACAAUCAAGUUUGAUUCUCAACCAAGGAGUGUUGCAUGUGGGAAGGAUGGCACUAUUUUAGUUGCUUGUUUGAAUGAGAUUUGCAUUGUGGAAGGUAAUUCCAAAACUACUAGUUUUCCUAUAGAUUUCGAAGGCACGAGCAUCUCGGUUCACCCAACUGAGUCAGAUGUUGCUGUUGGUGGUGCAAGGGAUAUGAAAGUUCAUAUCUAUCUCUUGAAUGGCCACAAUUUUAGUCUGAAAACAACUAUGGAACAUCGUGGUGCUAUAACUGAUGUAGCAUAUUCACCCAAUGGCAUGUAUUUAGCAGCCUCUGAUUCUAACCGGAAAGUAGUCUUGUACAAUGCUUCUACAUAUGAGCUUGCCCAUAAUCAUGAGUGGGGCUUUCAUACAGCCAAAGUUAACUGUCUAGGAUGGUGUCCAAACUCUUUAUACCUUGCAAGUGGAAGUUUAGAUACCCACAUAAUUGUUUGGAGUACAGAACAACCAACCAAACAUAUAAUGAUUAAAAAUGCCCAUCCACAAAGUCAAAUUACUCGUAUUGGAUUUCUUGACAACACUACAGUAGUUUCUACUGGACAAGACAGUAAUGUGAAGAUAUGGGACAUUGUUUUUUAGGGUUAAUAAUUUUUACUAAUGCUUUCCACAGUUUUUGAUAUACUAUUCAAACAUGUAUUUCUGAAAUGCAUUGAUGUGAGCAUCAUAAAAUUAUAUUGAGAUGUGCGUAUGCGUGUGUACUUCAGGAUGCAUGAUGGCUCAUUUUUUAUUAAUCCAAAAAAUGCUUGCAAAUGAGUUUAAAGAUUAUUGAUCUUUUUGUAAUUUAAUUAAAGGGAAAUGGAGGGCUCAUGUGAUCUGUAAAUUUUAGACAAAUAUUUGAGCAUAAUUUCUUUAGAAAAAUCUACAGUAUUGGUUUCAAAAAAUAUAAUUGUGAAAGAGUUUUUUAAUGUAAAUACUGUGCAGUGUCCUUUAAUUCAGAAGUUUUCUUCUUGAAUUAAAACUCUGGUGAUUAUUUUUUGUGUAACUGAUUAAUCUGAAAUGAACUUAAUAACUUUUCAUUGCCGAUGGAAUUUGCUUUCUGUUGCUUUUAUAUUUUCAAUUGUGUUGUGCUAUUUAAAGUAAUUUUCUAUCGAACUGUUUUGUUGUUUGUGAGUAUAUGUUCAAUAUGUUAUUCACAUAUUUUCAUUUUUAUAAUAAAUCUGUGUUACUUUUAGGCUUAACUUUUGCUUUCGACCAAAGACAUAUAUGAGAAGUUAAAACAAAAUUCAAAAUAUUUUGUGUAGUCAUUAGUUGCUUUCCGACAUUUUCACGGAUUUUGUUUCUGAUAGAACUAACUACAUUGAUUAGGAAUGAAUUUCUGUUAAUGAACAUUUGUGUUUGUGUCAGGUUUUAUGAAAGUGAUUUUUGAUUGUUUAAAUGCAAGUUAAACAUGAAUUUUAUAUUUAUUGUCCAAAAUAAGAUUUAAUUGAUACAUUUUUUCUCUUCAUUAAUAUUUAUGCCAUAUUUUUAUUUACAAAUUUUAUCUUUUUCUUAUCUUACAGAUCUUUAUCUUUUAUCUUACAAAUUUAUUUACAAAUUUUACAUUUCGAUUAGUUGUGAAAAAUUCUAUAUGUUAUUAUUUUAUUUAUAUUUGUUUAGCACAAAUUUUGUUUUGCUGUCGUUUAAUAAUCAAAGUUUUUUAGUUGAAUUUGUUACAUAUCCUAAUUUUUACUGCACCUCAUCUGAUCAGCAAUUUAUAUUCAGAAUAAUUAUCUAUUUUAAUACUGUUUAUUCGUGAAAGAAAUACAUGUAACAUUUUUUUCAAUAUAUUGAAUUAAAAUAUGCUGAUAUAGAGAAACUGCAAUAAAACACUGUAAAUCAAAUAAUCAACUUAAGGUUUUGAUAAGAUAUUUAAUAAAACCCUAUUUUUGUAUGUGUAGAAGUUUCUUGGUUACCUCUUUAUAAAAAAAGAUGUUUGUUUGAAUCUUCAAAGAGGCGUUGUUUAGUAAGCCGAGCGUGAAUAAUAAAUAUUUAAUAAUA